UAUCCGACUUGUCAAAAAAUUACUGUUAGUUUUGAAAAUAUUUGUUCCUUCCUAAAAAUUAUUUAAAGUUUUUUUCUAAAUCCUUGAUCAAAAUGCAUAAACGUUCUUGUACAGGCAUUACCAAGGCUCCCGAUAAAGAUAUGAUGGAAAAAUCCGAAUUCAGUCCGUGGUAUUCUGUAGGAAAAAUUAUACCAACAAACAUCAAUCCAACGGUAGAUGUGUUUAAUUCCUUUCGACCUGAACGACAGUGUGUGGACUACAAUAUAUCACAAACUUGGAUUAAAUUUCAAAAAGGAGACUUGAAAGUCAACGUAAGACAAACUGAAGGCACUUACGCAGACAUUCCUCCUGAACUUUGCAAGCCAAAAAAGAAGAAAAAAGUAAAACACUUCAGUGGUGGGCCGCCUCAAUACAAAUUUAUUGAGGAAAUAUGGCGAGAUAUCGUAAUUGAACACCAAACGAAAGUGGUUCAGAUUCACAAAGAAGUUAUAAAGUCUGUGUCAGAUGAAAGAAGUAAGAAACUAAGAAAUGAUCAUGUCAUUGCUCAGAGCAUGGUUGGACCCGACUGGUUCAUGGAACUCAAUCCAAAUCAGUUGUGUGCGGCCGAUAAGCUUGGGAGAGCUGUGAACUUAGAUAUCUGGCAAGACACGACGAUAAACUGCCAAGAAGUCCUUGCAACCAUAGGCCUUGUAUUGCGCCCUAAUAAAAAGCACAUAAAAAUAGCAUUAAAGCACUCGUGUGGUUCUCCAGUAGAGUUCCUAUUAGUCCUUUAUCAAAUUCUUGAACCUCAUCGAACUAGUUACUCUCUAAAUGAUCGGCUUAUUCUGUCAUCAGUAGUACAUCUGGCAAUCACAGAUACUCUUAGAGAACUACACAUUAGGAUACCAUCUCCUCCUAGAGUGCCAACGCCUGCCAAACCACCUAAGCAAAAAGCAAAGAAGAUUAAAUAUAAAUCUCCUUACCUAGAGCCUCAGACUUUUGAGCCCGCUCCUCCUAGGUUUACAGGGAUGUAUUAUAAUAAGCAUAAGCAAUAUCCUGAAAGCCCUUAUUUUAGUUAUAUGGAGAAAUUAGAAGCUGAAAGAAGAUCCUACAAGUUCUCUCUACAGAUGGGUAUGUUUCAAGAGGACGAAGAAAUGCUUAGAAAACUCCUCAAAGAAUACCAUGACGCUCAAGAAUUUUAUGAAAGUCUACCAGGUAUUCGUCAAGCCAUGCUGCAAUUGAUACCACCAAAUACAAUGGAUAUAUGUCCUAAUUUGCGAAAUAUCGUCCAAAAGCCGCCAAUCCCAGCAAGACUAAUACCUCCUCAUCUUUGCAAGGUAUCACCAUCGGAAACAUUGAUUUGCUUCUGUAAGGAAAAUCAAGAAAAAGGAGAAAAUUGCUCUCCACAGGCAAAGCGAACUUCUUGUGAGAAAUCGGCACAACAACUUCUGGGAUCUCUUUGCAUGUGCGACGACUGUAUCGAGAAUGUCCGAUACAAGAACCUAAUCCGAAUCCAUGGGGGAUUUCAAAAAACCAUGUGUGCAUGCGACGAGAAUAUUCCAAUUAUACAAGGCACUGCUUCGUCACCUAUCUGCGAUUGCUAUAGACAAUAUCGGAAUACAAUAGUUGCUUGCGCUGCUAGGCAACGCAUGACUGAUAUGAAGCUUAAGUUUCUCUUAGGAGGAGUUACAAUGACAAAAUAUGGCCCGAUAUAUACUAUAAAUGGUACAAGAGGUACAAAGAUCUGCCUUUGUAAUGAUAUAUUGCAACGCAAGAGUCAUUUACAGAAUUUGCAGCAAAAACUUUACCGCAAUGAGACAAAAUUUGUCAUUAAUGGAGUUACUUUAACUAAAUCUGGAGCUAUUUAUAAUAUGGCAUGUGUGGUGGGUAGAAAACCUUGUAAAUGUGUUAUUUCAUAUCGCGACAAGCUCAAAGUGCUCCUCAUUCAAAACAAAUUACGCUCAAACUCAGUACUGUUUGUUAACAAUGGUCUUGUUAUAACACAAAUGGGGCCUCUAUUUCAUCUUUCAAAUGUUCCCGGUAAGCAAGAACGAAGGAAAGACUUAGAAUUGCAUGAGAGUUGCAGCUGUGAAAUCAGAAAAGCUAAAUGCUUCGAAAGGUGUAUGGAUUUUUUAAACUAUAAAAUCGAUAAUCAUGAUCAUGUUUCCUCUGAUGCAGAAGAAUAUAGUAGUCUAGAAACCAGUACUUCUUCUGAGAGUUCCUCUGAGGUAGAGGAAGAUAGUUGUGAAGACCUUGGUGAUAGAAAUAAAGUUAUAUGUCCAGCCUGUUUAAAUAAAAGUAUAAAGCAAAGAUCGGCUCAAAAAUAUGAAGUUAAUAGAUCUUGCGAUAAAACCGCAUCACGUGCUAAGGGUUGCUUGAGAAGUUGCCCAAUUCAAAAUAGUACCGAAGAAUUCUCUGAAGGCUCUGAAUCUUCCACAACUCCUAGCCAAAGCACAACAGAUCGAAACCUCUCCUCUGAAAGAUAUUAUUUUAAACCAAAAUCUUGUUGUUGUAAAGAUGAGUUAGAUAGGUUUAUGAAGGCCAAAUGUGAGUGUGAGGAAUGUAAUCAAAAACUAAGACAAGAAUAUGCUACCUAUAUAAUGGGUGGUACUAAAGACACUGCCAGUGGGAACCAGAUAAAUUUAGUCCAGGGUAUAAGACAGCCACAAUGUGGCUGCCUUAAAGAACACCUUGAAAACAUAAAAAAAAUUGACGAAUAUAAAAGUAGGGCACAAGCUAGAUACCAUUUAAAGAAACAGCAAAAAAAAUUUUGUAUUAGCGGGGUCAAGUAUACAACAAAAGGCCCAGUUUACAUUAUAUCCGGCAUGCGGCCACCCGUAGACUGUGAAUGCGCAAAGGCCCAACGAGAAAAAGAAGAAUUAGAGGCAUAUGAACAGCAAAGAGCUAAAAUGCCUAACACAGGAAGAGUAAAAUAUGAAAUUGCAGGUGUAAGGGCAAUGUCUAAGGAAAAUGUAUACAUCAUGGCAAGGGCACUAAAUGUUAACCCCUGCGAGUGUGAAAAAUUUUUGGAGAAAUUUGAAGCAGCACACCAAAGUUGCCUGGAUGAGUAUAAUAGGUUUUUAGAAAAACUGAAACUUCCUUCAGACCUAGACUUGCAAGAGACUGAAGGAAAAAGGGAAACUUUGUUGUUUGAGGAGGAUAUUCAGAAAAUAAUGCCUGUCAUUAAUGAGGAAGCUAUUGAAAAUACUAAAACCGCAGAACAGACCUCUAAUAUUGAUAAUCCCUCGAUUCCUGAAGAACUUGAUGAACCUACAAACAGAUCAUCAAAAACGAGUGAACAAGCUAUGCAAACUCUUUCCGAUCAUUUACCUGAAUGUGAAUUUGAAUCCAGCGUAGAAUCAGUCGAUUCAAACGAGUCAUCACAAACCACAUCAACUAGUGUUAGCUGUCAUGUAGAUAAGCCUGAAUCAGUAACACCGAUCACCAUCCCUAGUGAUAAAGUUUUACCACCUUUCUUCCUUUCUAAGAGAUAUGCCAUAUAUCGAAAUCUGCCAAAAUGUAAGAAAAAGAUGAUGAAACUUUUAACGCAUAUUUUGAAGGGUAUGGCAGAAGACGGAUUUUCUUUAGCAAAACUACCAGAAGUUCACAAACUUCCAAUAUUUAAAUUGUGGAUAGAACGUCGUAUAGGAACUUAUUGGACCUAUCAAGAUAGAAUACGCUAUCAAAGUGCCAGUAAGUACUUAUGGAAGCAUACAUCCAUAUGCUAUAAGAACCCGAAUGUUCCUACUAUGCCUUACACACCUAAGCAAGCCAGAAAAGUAACUUGGAAAGAUGCAAAUACUGUUCGAAAGCAAGCUGCGGAUCGAUAUGAAGCAUUCUAUAGGAAAGUGAAGCAGCUUAAUGUGGAAACUGGAAGAGAAUUCUUCCCAACCACAUUUCCAUAUGAAUUCCCAACACCGACAUGGCGCGACUGCGCAUUUGCAUACAUUCCGACGAAAGAGGAAAGUAUUUUUCCUUUUAGAAUCGUCAAAGCACAUGAGGCUCAAAUAAUUCCUGAAAACAAAAAGAUACAUUGUUAUUGUUGAAAAUAACGAUACAUAUUGUAAUGUUCAAACUUUUUCAAAUACAUCACAGAUUUCAUGAAAACUCUUA